GUCGAGGUAUAAUCCAAGAUGGCGGACGGAAAGGACAUGAAGAAGUUCUUGGCAAAUCAUCCUCAUUUUGAACUUUUCAGAGAUGACCAGAUGAGGGAGAAGAUCAGAUGUAAAUUAACUGGACAUGAGUUACCAGCAAGACUGACAGACCUUGAAAACUAUAUUAAAGGGAAGAAGUAUCAGAGACUAAGUAAGGCAAUUCCUGAUGAAUCCCCUGGGUAUGAAGAAUACAAGGAAUACUUAGUGCCAAGUGGAGAAAAGGGUAAUCAGUUACAUUGCCAGUUGACCAAGAAAUACAUAAACAAUGCUCCACAUCAUAUUCAAAGACAUGUCACUGGAAAACGCUUCAAACGUGCGUUGGAAAAACUUAUAAAAGACAAGAACCUUGAAUCUGAGGAUGCAGACGAAGACAUGUGGGUUCCGUCUGACCUUGAAUCAGAAUCAGAACCUGACGAAGAUGGAGAGGAGAAGAUGGACGAGGGUGACUCUGGUGGAGAAUUCUCUUCAGAAGAUGAGGAUGAUACAUAUGAGGAAAAAAAUCAAAGUGGAUUGAAAAGAACGCUUAAGGAAACUAGCAAGAGUAAACCGACCAAAAGAGUGAAGGGAAGCGUAACUGGAAAUUUGCCAAAGGACGAGGACGCAAAAAACCUUAAAACAACGAAAGACAGGAAGAAAACUAUGAAAUCGUAACCUGAGCACCUAAGACCAAUUCUUUUUUUCAAAAAUCUGCCACUUACUGAAGCGAGAGUGUGUGACAUCUCUAUUGUCGAUUGCACACUCCGAUAAGUAGCACGACAAAAGUCCAAAUUUGACCGUCAUCAGACAACGAUAUGUGUGUCACGGAAGCGUCUCGCUUCCUUGGAAAAAGUUAUGGGAUACAGUUUGAACAAGUUUUAAAGAUAGUGGACAAGGUUCGCUAAAGUCUUUGAACAUCAACAAUUUGUCUUGCCUCAAAGGAUAAAUACGCUGAUUGAGGCGCGAAGAAAACAAACACAAACAGUUUCCCUUGCGAAUGCGGAUGGUUGUUUUACUCCCUUCAUUGUAAAUGUAUUUACAAAUAAGAUGAUCAAGUACAACUGAAUGACGUUAGCGAGUAGAAAUAAAACUGACUCAUUUCAUGUA